UGCCCUGGGACAUGCAAGGCCAUGGGAUGCCCCAAAGUUCUCUGGCCAGAGUCUGCCUUCUGGUGCAAGAUGCCUAUGGAAUGUUUGGUGAAGUGCACUUGGAGGGUGCCAUUUUGAAAGCAAGACAGUUGGAAGGGAAGACCUGCAGCCUAGUAGGAAUGAAGGUUCUGCAGAAGGCCACCAGAGGAAGGGCAGCGGGGCUUUUCAGUUUGAUUGACACCAUAUGGCCCCCAGCGAUGCCUGUGAAAGCACCGGGCCACAGCCAGCCCUGUGAAGAGACAAAAACUCAUCUGCCUCCUCCUGCCUUCUGUUACAUCCUCACAACUCAUUCAAAUCUGGGACAAAUUGAUGUAAUUGAAGGAGACCACAUUUCUAAGCUUUACCAGCCUCCAGUUAUCUGCUGCUUAAGAGAUAUCCUCCUGACUGAUGAUCUUGGUACUCGUUGCAGUUUCUAUGCAAGGGUGAUUUAUCGAAGACCACAGCUGAAGAGUCUGCUUCUUCAGGAGCCAAGAGAGAUCUGGCUACUGGUGACCGAUGUCACCCUGCAAAUGAAGGACACAAGUGACCCCAGGCUCCCCAAGACCCUGCUGGUCUACGUGGCCCCAUCGUGCAUGCUGGGUCCGGAAGUCCUGGAGGCUCUUGCCGAGGCUGUACCUCACAGCGUGUUCUUCAGGGAUGCUCUUCAAGACCAGGGUCGGAUUGUGUGUGUUGAACGGACUGUCCUCGUGCUUCAAAAACCCCUUUUGUGCGUGGCCUCUGGUGCGUGCUCCUGUGAGCUGACUGGCCCAGUGAUGCUGGAUGAACUGGACUCUCUCACACCUGUCAACUCCAUCUGCAGCGUGCAAGGCACUGUGGUCGGUGUGGACGAGGACACUGCUUUCUCCUGGCCUGUGUGUGACCAGUGUGACAACGGGAGAUUGGAACAGCGGCCCGAAGACGGGUAAGGGGGCGGGGCUCCUGAAAGACCCAGGGCCCAGAGGGCGCAGUAGCAAUCCACUGAGUCCUGACUUUGCUGCCCGGGCCUAGCGGCCUUGGGCACCUCUCCCCGGUACUUGGAGCCCAUCAGCGUCUACUGCGCUGCAAGGGAAGAAGCCUUGGU